GUUCGAGUAGUUUCACCAGUGAACAUACAAUAAGUUAGUAUGUGUUGUAUGUUCUCUGGUUUCACAGUUAAAACAACGUGAAUUGGAGCAGAGAACUCAAGUUGCAUUAAGCGGAUUCAAUCGGAAAGCAUAUUCAAUGCUCUAACAAAGAAAAUGUUGAUUUAAUAAUAUUGUAUAAUUUACAAUAAAAGUUGUUUUCAUUUUGGCAUAUGGGUUUGACAGUUCAUUACAUGAAAAAAUAAAAAUUUUCUAUACUAAAAGAGCAAAGCUAAGAAGAGUUCAAUGAACAAUUUUGAUGACUUUAAAUAGGCUUUUAACAUAACGUGUUUGCUGAGUUUUCUGUGGCUGUGAUUAUACGAAAAAGCACCAUCGAUUUGAAGACUCUGUAAGAUCUGGCUAAUGUGCGUAAGUGUGUAUGAAUAUUUUGUUGGCCAACAGCUGAGUGCCAUCACACUUUCUCCAAGAGAAUUCGUGCAGCUGACUUGAAUGGAGUUGCGUCGCUAUGUGCCAAUUGAAUUUGUUUAGCGCUUUUAUCGAAAUUUUGUACCUACAACUCCAGGCUUGUUCGGCGUUUCAUGACAACACGUUUACCGGCAGGUGACUUGUAAACAAGGUGACUUGUUUACAUACAACAGUGUUGUUUUUAUAUACAUACAUACAUAUAUGUAUAUCUUUUUGUGUAUUAUCAAUUAACAUGUUCGCAUGGCCAAUGGCAUAAUUCGACAUUUGAGCAACGAUAGUAGUGUCUCAGUGCCCUUACUAGCUUCUAAGCACUCAACAAUUAACUGCAUGCUUUUUGACCAAAGUGGAAGCAAUGAUUGGUGCUAGCGUGAAUAAAUUUAGUGAAUCUGUCAGUGGUGCUAAAACAGCUGAAAGUAGUGACUCAGAAUAUACCGAAGCACAGGCAUAUCUGGAUCAUUUGCUGCAGAAUGGUGCACUUGAAGGAGAUAGUGGCGCGCCAAUGGAAAUGCCAGCGUGGUACGAUGAAGCUCUGUUCAGAAAGGGUCAAUCUUUUAAAAAAAAAUAUCGUUUCCUCAUCACCGCUGGCAUGUUUUACGGUCUGGUGGCAGUUCUCGCAAUACCGUCCAUAUUGCGCGUGCUCAUGUGUACACGUCAAUCGUCCACCUGUUUAACGGCUUUUCGACGCUAUAUGCGCACAAUUUUGCACACGAAUGCAUGGUACGAACAUCCAGUGUCAGCAAACUCAAAAUUCUGGACUGGUUUACGCGCUGUACGCAAAGCGCAUUCCAAGUCGAGUCGCGCGUGCAGUAAACUUGGCGCCGGACAAAUUACGCAAAAGGAUCUGGCAUUAACACAGUUCGGUUUUAUCGGUUAUGCCACUUUAGGCGCACCACGCGUACAACUAUACGAUGAGGAGUAUCUGGAAAGUACGACACAUAUGUGGCGUGUACUCGGUUAUCUGCUUGGCAUUAAGGAUGAAUAUAACCUGUGUGGUUGUAAUUGGGCGGAGACGAAGCGCCGUCUCGAUAUUGUGAUGCGACGUGUAUAUCAACCGGCUUUAGAAAACACUAGUGAAGAUUUUGAGAACAUGACAAAGGCGUUGGUGGAAGGAUUAUGGCCAUUUAACACAACAUUGUCUACAGGAUCAGUAUUAUAUUUCACCAAGCGACUGACUUAUAUAAAAGGAUAUGAAUACUAUAGCUUUGACCAUCUUCCUGGCGAGACCAUUGAUCCGAAGCAGAAACUCUAUUACUACGAUUUGGGCUGGUAUGAUCGUUUACUCGUCGCAUAUGGUCUCUUCAUAGUGACUUACUUACACAAGUAUAGCAUUGUUCGUUGUUAUCUCAAUUUCCGUGUCUGGCUGAAUGAACUGAUAUUCUACUACUUGCCAUACGUAGCGAUCUGGAAGUAUGGUUUAAAAAACGCAUACGUUCGUAUUUUUACAAAGGAUGGGCGAGACAAUGAGUUCGAGUUUCAUUUGAAAGCCGACUAAAUAAGUAUUUAGCGUUUUGUAACAAAAAUGUGUAUUGAUUUUCAUUAUAAAUAGUUUUUAAUUGUUUUUUACUUCUUAAAUAAUAAUCGUGCAACGUAAAUAUAAAACAAGUCGCAUUAUUUU